GCUCGAUAAUAUGAUGAAGUUCAAUGAUCUCAGUGCAUUUGUUUCCUUGAUAAUGUGCUAAUUAUUAAAGUGAUAGUAGCAUGUAGUUUCGUAGAGAGUCUUAAGAGUGACUAUGUUCAUCCCGUUCGGUUUGUUUAUAUAUUGAAGACAACAGAUUGGUGCAGCCGGCUUCUGCGGGCGCGUACUAGAUGCUCGCGUGUUUCAGUGAGUCUCGAGGCAUGAAUGGAGCCAGCGGCAGCGUACAGUUUGCCUUUGGUCGUGCUUGUGGGUGAUUGGUUAUGAGUAGUGUGUGAAACGUGUUACCGGUGUAGUGUUGACGUUUUGCUGAAAAUCGAACAGUGCAGUACCUACUUACCUACAUUAAAUAUUUUCAUAUCGUAUAAGAUCUUACAGAUUUACCCAGUACCUCUGAAAAACGACUCGACUGAACUUGUGAUAUUAAAAAGGGCUUCCAAACGAUUUAGUAUUUGUAAAUACAAUGACUGGAUGUGAAAACAAUUAGAUUGUAAUGAAGGCGGUGACGAAUUGAAUGCGUUCUGUGAUGGCGUGAAGAUGACCGCGCGUGAGGUGGAGCUGACGGGAGGCGCUCCCUGGGGCUUCCGCAUGCACGGCGGCGCUGAUCACAACCAGCCUCUCAGGAUAUCGAGAAGUUACAGUGAGACGCCCGACCGCUCUUAUGAUGUGAAUCAUGUGAACCCGGGGCGUAAAGCAUCGCUGAGUGGCAUCAGAGAGGGAGACAUCAUAUCAUCCAUCAACGGGAGACCAACGAAAGGAAUGAGCAAUGCAGACGCUCAUGCCAUGCUUAGAUCUGCUGGCCCAGUGCUCAGAUUAGGACUAAACGAGAACAGAGAGAUGUCCCCUCGAAGAAGAAGCUUGGGCAAAGGAAGUGAGUUGAAAAGGCCGUCACAGUUAAUGGCUGAAGUGCAGUCAGGAAGAGCUACGUUGCAAGCGCCAGUUUACGCGACUAUAAGACCAUCGCAACUUCCAAGCAAUCGUCCAUCUUCCCUGUCAGCACAGUCAUCUCUGAAUUCGUUGCCAGCUGCGCUCAACUCCACCCCGUUGGUCAAAUCUGUAACUGCUAAUGAAGAUCUUCCCCACUUCCAUCCAACGAAUCCUUUUUAUACUACUUUACCAAAUACCUCUAGUGCUUCCAAAUUACCCGUUCCAAACGGUAGGGCGUCCAGUAUAGAUAGGAGUAAAUUCAGAGAAAAUACGUCCUUACUUAACGAGCACAGCUCAGACUUCAAAUCCCCUUCAUUUUUCAACAAAGCGUUGGCUUCUGCUUCCGGUAACUUCCAUCAUUCGAACUUUAAGGAUAUUGGGUUUACAAAUGGCUAUAAAUCAGAUGACGCUACGGAAGCCAGAGAAUAUAGUGAAAAUCAUAUUUUCGGUAACCAGUUUAGUCACCAAAGUGUUCCGAACAAUGUAAAUGAUUCGACUAAAAAUCCUUUUGAAUCGAAACGAAAUAGUGACCCUUUCGAGAAAUAUUUAAGGCCAGAAUGUAAAAUAAACGAUAAAAGUGAAUACGACUCAAGUGCCAUGAUAAACUCUAUUAGCGAUAAUAGUUUUAACAAAAAAGAAGAAGUACUGAAACGAUCAACAAUAACCGAACAUCAAAUAAGUGAAAUUGAAGAAGUAAAAACAAUUAAAAAAAUUACAUUGAAUGGAUCAGAUUACGAAAGUGAAAAAAUACCAAAACAUUUUCAAUCAGAUGUUAAUGAAACAAAUCACCCACAGUCGCAAACAGAAGACCACCGAAAAAAUUCGAAAGUUCACAAUGUUCCGAUUUUUAAAGAGUUUGAAAGUUCUAAUAGUUCGAAUGCGAGAUCUGAAUACGAAAAUCGGAAAUAUCAAACAUAUCAAUCUCCGAUCGAAAACAAUGGAGUUGGAUCUGAAGCGGAUGCGGUGACGUGCGAUGCGUUGACCGGCAAACCGCCCGCGAGGUCGCCAACUGCGCCCGCGCCGGCGCCGCUCAGCCCCCCAAAACCGGUGUGGAGGCCGGGUGCACCGUCUCCACCUGCGCCGGGUCCCGCGCCGGCGCCGCGCAGUCCCGGCGCUCCGCCACCACCACCGCCGCCCGUGUGGUCGCCGGGCAGCGCGGGCCCCUCGCCCCAAACUCCGCGCAAGUCCUUCCGGCCAGUACACUUCGAAGAGACACCGCCCGCCCGCCGUAAAUUUGGGAACUUUGAGCAGAACGGUUGCACCAGUGGUUCCGAGAGCGAAGGGCGACUGCGCACGUCUCACAGCGCACCUGUCACUGGACUCAGCUCCUUGAGCUCUAACAGCACCAGCCGCCUGCCUAAAGCACAGAACCCUACAGUCACGUUGCUGCAAAAGGCACGAGAGGGUCAAAUACCCCGCGUGUCGAGUUACUUGCAGCAAGAGAGGGACAGUGCUCGCCUGCCUCGGGACAGACCUUCGCCGCCACCCGGAGACCCAGUGCAUGCCUUACGCAAGGAGUACGCAAGCGGAAGUGAAGCGGACCGAAGCGACUACGAGCGCGGAGGGACGCGGAAGAUGGCCGAUGCCCCGAGGAAAGUGGAGGGAAUCGGACCAACUACCAAGGACGGAAUGCCGGUCGCACUCAGAUCUGAGGUCAAAGACCCUUCGAGAUGGUACAAAAAGAUGUAUGACACUAUUCACAAAAACAAAUAUGACGACGAUUAUGUGACAAUACGAUACAAAAGUCGCCGAGGUGAGCCGCCUCAGCGGGUGAGCAACAAGGGUCAGUACGCGUACUUUGACCCACGCUCCGGGUACCUGAGUGAGCCGGAGGGUGGAAUGCGGAGAGUAGGGGGCGGGGGCACCUGGAGCGACGCGUACGACAGCGACGUUGCCACCCCGCGCCGCCGCACCGCCUCCGUGCAGGACGACCGGACCAACGGCGGCCCGCCCUCACCUUACCUGCCCAACAACAAAUACAGCACCUUAGCUUCAGCGAGGGCAAGCCACGAAGUUUACAAAAACCAACCCGGAAGAAUAGAAAAUUAUAUGCCUGGAAAAUCUUCAGUAGUCGAUAAAGAAGCAAAACAGUGGUGGGACGAGGUCAUGGACAUUUUUGAUGGGCAAAACAUAUCAAGUACCACAUCACUACCACAAUCUUCUCCCAAAGAAAAAAAGGAUAUUACUUCUGCCAUAUUAUCAAAAUCGAACAUGGCAAGAGCAUUGAAGGAGUCUGGAUACGAAUCGGACUCUACCCUCGUGUUCCGUCGUCGUGAGGACAGCGAUGGACCUCUAUCCCCCGCGGAGAGACGCGCAGCAUACAGAGACCUACAAGCUGGCGGGGAACCCCCGCUCCGAGGUUUCCGCUCACCAGCGCCACCUAGACAAGAGACCGACUCAGCACCCGAGCCUCCACGCAGAACGCCAUACGGGAGCUAUUCAGAUACAGAAUCCCCACGGCGAUACUUGGAGAGCGAUGUGAACAUCCACUAUCGUUGUCCUGUGAGACACGACCCCCUACCACUAGUGCCGGAGAGAGAGCUGGCAAGACAGCAAGCUGAGCAUAUGAAGAAACUCUACAGAGAACAGAGGCGAAACAAAUACUUACAGGAACUCCAAGAUAUGCAAAAUAGACGUCACCAAGACAACUUUACGCCAUCGCAGAAGAACAUCCUACCACUGAACCGGUAUGAUGAAGCCGAAAAAGUGGUAGCUAGAGCUCUAUACGCUUUCAAUGGACAGACCAACAGGGAGUUGAGUUUUAGGAAAGGAGAUAUGAUCCAUGUAAGAAGACAAAUCGACGCCAAUUGGUACGAGGGAGAAAUCCAUGGCAGAAUAGGACUGUUCCCUUAUAAUUAUGUUGAGAUAAUGAAAGGAGAAGUGGCUCAUUCUCCCAAGAAGCCAACGGUAAUAGAAGGCAGAGCCAAGGCAAAAUUCGACUUUACGGCGCAAACCAACCUCGAAUUACCACUUAAAAAAGGGGAGGUUGUCGUGCUAACGAGAAGAAUCGACCAUAACUGGUGGGAAGGCCGCAAUGGCAGCAAAACAGGCAUCUUCCCUGACAGCUACGUCACUGUACUACAGGAACCUAGCCAGAGUAAGCCAGAGUCUCAUACGAGUGUAAAUACUGACAAACCAGUAGCAUCGCCGGCCGCCCACGGUCUUCUCAACGGUACAGCCAAGAGAAGUAUGGGUGCACACAGCUACAUGCCCCAACCAAACAACCCCGCGCUCUCUAACGCACCACCGGCCACGCAGCCCUUGCCAGGGUACGUAGCUAAACCUGCGCAAGCGACGCUAACGCCCUCCGAGAGAGGUUACGGCCCCCCGAGCGGGCCAGGGGUGGACCUCAACAACACGGAACCCUUGUACGUCGACACCAACGCUGAGGCUGUUCCGUAUCGCGCUAUGUACAAGUACAGACCACAGAACCCCGACGAGCUGGAGUUGAGUGAAGGGGACACUGUAUACGUGCUGGAGAAGUGUGAUGAUGGAUGGUACGUCGGCUCCAGCCAGCGCACCGGCCGCUUCGGCACCUUCCCUGGUAAUUACGUGGAACGUAUCUGAUAGCGCGAGACGUCGCUGCUACGGCGUCUGCGGCGCGCGACGUUCUGCGCGCGCCGGCACCGCUAACAUGCACAAUCCAUGCCAAAACCGAUCUUAAAUUCGGCGUAUAAGGACUAUUAUAUAUCAAACCUAAUGAAAAUCACCAGCUUUCAAACAACCGAAAGCGAAAUGGUUCCGUGUUAUGACGCACAACUCUACAGAAGAGGCGUACCUACAAAAUAAGUGAAUUAAUUCUUAUGGUAACCACAGACUAAUUGGUUUAAUGAAUAUAAUUAGAAAUCUGUAUAAAUAAGAGUAUUAAUGAGAUGUUUCUCGACUGCUUCAUAAAAUGUACUGUCUUGAUAAAACUAUAUUAGUCUGUGAAUAUGGUGCCCUUUAAGUAGUUAGCAAUGAUUGAGAAAUACUAUGUCUUAGUUUACAAAGUUGUACUGAGACGGAGAAGGAACAUACCAAACUACACCAUGACUUUUCAUAUAGAACCGUACAAACAGUAAUCGACACUCGUCAUUAACUAAUAAUUCGUCUAUUAUUCAAAUACAUACUCUUGUUUUCGUUUAAUUAAACAACACGAUACAUUGAGUUUUUCUCUAAUCAAAGCCUAACAUAAUAAUUCAUGUCAGUGUAAUAAUCCAAAGUUGUUUUAUGCGUCCCAAAGAAUAUGUUUAUCGGUUAUUAAUUAUAAUGUAUAAUUGUAAAAAAAAUAAUAAAAAUACUUAUAUACCUGUACAAUUUGUUUAGUAUAGUUAUUUAUUUAAAUGUAGGGUUUGAGAUGGGGCUCGUCUUUUAAAAGGACAUUUUAAAAGUAUUGAGUCGGCACGUUGACUAAUAAUGUUAUUUAUGAUUAACAAUUUUGUAUCGUACAUAGUUGUGAGUACACAUUGGCAAAGGUCAAACUUUGAAAUUAUAACAAUUGGUGUAUUUUGACGUCAACAAAGUUUCGACUGUUUGUAAUGAUAUUUAAAUUACAAACUGAAUAAUAAAAAGUGAAAGAUACUUUUGAAUAUUUAGCAGCUAUAUAUAGUAUGCAUAGCAUAUCUAUAUUACUCUUAUUAAUAUCUAAUAAGUAACUACCUAUAAUCCUAAAUCCUUGAAAGAUUUAUAUACUUCCAUUCAGAAUAUUUAUCUACAUAUCUGCACUUUUUAUUAUUCAGAGUUUAUAAAAUAACUCUGAUGAAUAUUUACCGUGUAUAAGUAUUAGUUACCACAUUAACAUAAUUGUAAUAUUCAUUAUAAUAAUUGUAAUACUCAGAACUACCACGCAAUGUGUAUAUAGGGCGAGUAAUUUUGGCAACGUUGACAAUACAAUACUUACUGUAUGCUUAAUAUUAUAAAGGAAGGGAAUGGUGGGAAUAAUAUUUUAUGUAAAAGCAAUCAAAUUAUAUUCAAUUCAAUUUAUUUUGUAUUUUAUAUGCUAUAAUUAUUACAUUAUAAUUAUCAGCGUGCAUUUUAAAAAACUGUAGAAAAUUAUGAAUUUGUUUAAAUGACAGUUUUCUAAACAAUUCCUCCUUUAUUAUUUUAACAACUAACAGGAACAAGUAACCCCCUUGAUAAUAUUAUAAAAACUUCGAUAAAAUUUAAUUAUUAUUCAUCUAUACAUUAUUUACGUUUAAAAGAUUUUUUAUAAUUUAUGGAAAGCAAAAAAGCUCAUAGUUCCCCUGAUGGUAAUCGGUCACCAACUACGAUUUAUCUAUAACUUAUUUUUUAUUAUACAUGCUCUAAGUUUCACGAAUUAAAUGAAAAUAUUUCGUGUUAAAAUGUCAUACACAAACCAUUGUUUUAAUAUCUAGUCAUGAUACAAUUUUUUUAAUAUUUUUACAUUGUUAUAAUAAAACGCCCCCUUUAUGAAAAUUUUAAUUUAUAAAAACAAAUGUUAUCAUAUUACAAUCGAUAAUCAAACGUAAGUUAAAUCAUGCAUGCAUCAGCUAUACUUAUAGAAAAUGGAUUUAUAGGUUUUUUCAUAGAUAAAUGAUUGGUCUCGCUUCACUCGACUAGAUACUGCGCUGUCAAAAAACAACAGCUCCAUAAAUGCGGCAACUCAUUACUGUAGUGUGUGUUCAAGUUCAUAUAGUACCACGAUUCAGUACCAGUUCAAGAUUCUGUUUGAUUUGUUAUGGUUUUUAAGAAUACAUUAGUUCAAGUACGAAGUUCUAUCAUUUCAAGGAAUCCCAAUUCGCCGAGUACUUUUGCUGACCCUUGGUCCUAAACAGUGUGUGUAUGUCAAUUUGCAAUGAUGCUAUCAAAUGUCAUAAAUCGUGUAGCCAGCUGCUCAACUGCUACCCAAGUAAUAGGGAAAAUAUUGUAGGUUAUAAUUAAUAUGUACCAGAUUCUAAAUGUAGCUCAUAAAAUACUUUAUUAAAGAUUAUUUCAUUUUCCCAUUUUUAGUGUUACACAGAAUACGCUACUAGUUGGAAAUUGUACAAGCGUAGAUCCACACGGGUAAAACCGUGAGACAUUGCUAGUAAAUUAUAUACUAAAACCUUCUCAGAAAUGCGUAUUUACGCAUUAAUAUGCGCGAAAACCCCAUCCAAUUCGGAUCCGUAGCUUUGACAUUAUCAUGGUCAAACAUGCAUACAUACAGAUCAAACUGAGAAUAUCCUUUUUUGAAGUCUGUUUAAAGACCGACUGUGCAGCCGGAACAGCAGCAAUAUAAAAAUAAAAUAAACUGUAAGUAUGAAUAAAUGUUUCUUAAUACGUUAGUUAAGUUAAUUUGUGUUUAUAAAUACAAAAUGAAUUGUUUAUUUGUCAUCUUAACCCUAAAAUAAUUUAAAUAAUAUGAUGAAAUUAAAAAAAAAUACACAACAAGUAUGGUAGUUAAAAUGCUGAAUUGUGAAACUAAAAACUGUGUAAAUAACAAGAGUCAGUUUACGAGAAUAUGUGUUGAAAAAAUGUUAUUAAAAAUAAUAACGGAAUAUCAAAGGAAUAAAAGGUAGAUUACAAAGAUAAAUGUUGAAUAAUAUAAAACUAGGUUAAGUUUAAUUGCAAGUUUAAUAGUAAGUUUAAAUAACAUAGGUUCAAUUAUUAAAUACACUAACAAGAAAUUCCCAUUAUAAAUUAAAAUCUCAACCGUUAUGACGUUUAGGGUUCAUGUUAUUUAAUAUUGAAAUUUUGAAAUUUUACUAUACUUAUUGAUGUUAUGUGAUCCCAGCGUGUUAUUUAUUAUUGUAUUAUUUCACUACAUAAACUGGCAUUUUACUUUCGAUUAACACCAAAUUUUAAUAAAACAUUCACUACGUACACCCCAUACACAACAGUCAAGUUGACUGGCUCGGUGAAAGCUCGGGUAUGCCGAUUUUGGCAUAGUAUUUGUUGCCGCAUUAGACAAGUACGCCGGCGGUAUCCAGUCGAGUGAAGCGAGACCAAUCAUUUAUCUAUUGGUUUUUUCAUAUUAACAAAAUGUUAUUACCUACUUCCCUCGCCCUAUUUAAGCUUGUUUUGUGUAUUAUGCAAAAGCUUUCUUAUUUUUAACCCAUUGUUGUAUUUACUUUUGUUAAUUUAUUUUUAAUUAUAGCACAAAUGUUUUAUUAAUUAUUAUUUUUUGUUGACACCUCAACAUACAUUAACUGCUAUUGUUCAAACUCAUCACACCUAAUAAAAUAAUCUUUCUAUUUAAACGUUGUUUCAUUUUUUAUUUUUUAAAUAUAUUCUACCCCAUGCCUAUAUCUAAAGUAUUCAGCCAAGGAUGUGGUAGAUUCCCUCGAUAUUGACAAUGAUUUGUUUCAUUGAUUCCGUUUGUUAUUACUACACUUCCGGACACAUCUAUCGGCCCAUGUACCCCGCGUUUACACCAUGGUAUAAUACAUGUAUUUAACAAAUUUUAAACAAUGUCUUAAUUUUUUGUUCACACAUAUUCAUGUAUAAAACAAGUAAGGUAAUGUCGCCGAAGAUGGCCCGGCUCCUAGGAUAGCCCACUUUAAAAUAAAUACAGUUAUGAUUAUUGGAAAUAUUUGAAAUGGCACGGUUUUAUACUACUAGUACCAUAGACAAUAGUGCAAUUGUGUUUCAUUACUGGGGUUUUUAUGUUAUUUAUGGGGCUAUGUAUAAGAUAGCCACAUAAAUAACAUACAUUACUAUAAUGAGAUGCCAUGAAAGAAAAACAGUAUAGCCCAAAUUAGUUAAUCUUUGGACAGGACUGUGUUUAUAAUCACACCACAAACCUCCGUAAAUGCAGCAGUGCAUGAAAUUAUGUGCCUGAGUGCAUAUUGAGCGUAGGUAGUGUAUGUACCGAAGCGUUAAUUCAGUGGGUUCCACGUGCUUGUUGUUGCACAGCAAACAACAAACAAUUGGCAAAAAAAUAAAUCAACAAACAAUUGAAAACCACAAUCACACAACACAAAAGCGUAUCCAAAAAGGUCUCUAAUACAUCUAAUACGUUAUCGGCCAAACUAUGCUCGGGCUUGAUCGGCGGAUUGAAUCAAACGUAGUAUUAGUCCAACAUACCAGGCCGUAUAUAUAAGUAAACGUUCUUUGCACAUGAAUAAGAAUACUACUCGAUUAUCAUAUUUUGUCCAUCACAAACUACAUAAGGUCUGGUGGGCCUGGAAUCUUACUGUAUACCUGAAAUCCCAUAAUGAAUCCGAUCAUUGACGAACACAAACAGCAAACAACACUGACAUGUUUGUGUUUGUUCAUUGUAUCCACUGUUUGCCGUCAGUUUGCCAAGCGUGCAUAGGCACAUUGAACGUAUGGCGUUUCCACACUAGUGCCGUGAAACAAUGCCGUGAAUUCGCGCCGUGAAUUCACAUCAGUAGUGAUGAGUCUCUUCAUUUAAGGAUCAAAACCUGCGACGAAAUGGACAUAGAAGUUGCUGCUUGUGCACCUUUUGUCGCGGAACAAAAUACUGACACCGAUGUGAAGACAGACGUGAAGGCGCGACACCUAUCCACAUACACGUUCACACUAAACUUGUUAGCAUGUAGAUCCCACACGGCAUAAAUGUGGAGCCGGCAUUAUUAGUGCCGUUGCUUAGCAACAACUCUAUCAACAAAAUAAUGUUGAUGUAUGGUUGAUGUCACUUUUACGCCAGUCUUUAUCCAUUUACGCCAGUAAAUUUUGUUUUGGUUGCUGUGAUUUUCAAUUUAAAUGUUCUUUGAAUAGUCACCUGCAUAGAAUAGUCAGUUCAAUUCAUUGUGAACCUAAUUAAAUACUUAAAUAAACAUGUCUGAAUCAGAUUGGAAAGAAAUAUUGAGUUACUCCCAAAUGGAACUAAAACAAGCAGACAAAGAGAAACUCUGUGAAAGUCUGUCGUGGAUGGAAGCCGACGACAUCGAAUUAAACUUUACGGAUUUGAAAACUCUUUUCCGACUUGCGCAAGAUAUUUUAAAAUACAAAAGUGACCAGGUAACCCUGAUAUAUUGCUAACAGCAUUACAAAUAUUUGUUCACCUCAUAAUGCCUUUGAUAGUUAUCAAUGAACAAUUUCUCCUUUGAAUUUAAUAACAUCAUAACAGUUAUAUUUAAAUUUUGUAAGAAUUAACUGAUAGAUGCUUCAAUCUAAAGAAAAUUUGGAUGAACUGUACUUUCUGGGCCUAAGAAUUGUGGCCAUCACAGACAUAGAUCGGAAUGGAUAACGCAAGUGUAUGUACUUUGAGUGCCAAAUGAAGGUCAAUAGUCUUCCUUUUACCCUAAAUUAUUUCUUUGCGUCACCGUUCUCGGUACCGCACAUCAAUCGUAAUGUUUAAAAAUAUCUAACUAUGCAGUCAGUACACGGGACUCGCACUCGCACCCUCCGCUAUCCUAACGAAGGCAGCGACCAAUUAUGCUACCACGACCUUCAUGCCCGUGUUGUGUACGGAUACCGGAGGGUGCGUAUUUGAGCCCCGUCUGCUUCAUAUACCACGUGGAUUUUUAUUUAAUAAAGUCUAGCAGUGAAAUGCUUAAGUAACAAUAUCUAUGUCAAAAAUCAAAACUACUGAAGCACUAUUGAUACACGAUUAUCUAAGAUAGCUUAGCUUAGAUAGCUUAUCUAAGCAGGUCUUUGGAGCAAUCACUUAGCAUUGGUAGAAAUAUAUUAAUCGUUUUAUAUUAAUAUGCAACAAUUUUUAAAAAACUGUACAAACCAGUUUUUGAGAUCAAACGCUUUUUUUUAUAUACCAGCGAUUGGCAUGUUUACUCGAAAUAUUUGACGCCUCGGAUUUGUUAUUGCCUAGUAUCGAAAAAUACCUAUUACAAAUACCUAAUCUGAUAUUUAUGGCUCACCUCUAUUUCUUAUUGUCUCAAACUGGUCUGCGCCUACCGGUCUUGUACCCAAGAGGAAUGGCACUACACGUGUCUGCAUAGACUACCGGCGAUUAAACGCUAGCACUACUCCUGACGUCUCACCCUCCGCUCCCUCGAAUCGGUGAUCUACUUCUUCAGGGACAGAGGGGGAGACUAAGAAAGGAACCGCUGCGUCACUACAACAGAAUAUAACCACUACUAACGCCACCUAGAAGCAAGCAGACUAAAUAAAUCACUUAAUUUUAUCCCUGACGGUGUUGGCAUCGAAAUAGAAGGCGCUUUCGUUUGUUCAUCGUAGAAUGUUUAAGUAGUAUUACGGAUUUUCGUUAUUUA